AUGGCCCCAAGCUUCGUCUCCCUCGGCAUGGUCGUCCUGGACGAGCUGCGCUUCCCGCACGCCCCAACUCUGCACGACGUGCCGGGCGGCUCCGGCGCCUACAGUACGCUGGGCGCACGCUUGGUUGCCGGCAGGGACCGAUCUCACGAGAUUGGGUGUGUGGUUCUGGCGGGCGAUGACUUCCCUGAGACGACGCUGGCUCAAUUUGAAAGCUGGGGCAUGGAUCUGUUGGUGUCGAGGAAACCGGGGAGACAGUCCACCCGGGGAUUGCUGGUAUAUGAAGACAGCGUGUUCGGCCCGCCGAGUGAUCUGGCUCCGUCAUCUCUAUUAGGCUCUUCUGCUUUCCACCUUCUUGCGAGUCCGGAUCUUGCCCAAGAGCAGAUCCAACAGCUUCUCAAACUCAGAGAAAGCAGCCAUAUCAAACAUCACCCGCUGCUUGUCUGGGAGCCAUUGCCAGGUUCCUGUAAGCCGGACAUGAGGGAGCAGCAACUUGCUGCAGCGAAGCUCGUGGACGUUUUCUCGCCCAACCAUCUUGAGUUUCAGGCACUUUUCGAAGAUUCCAAAUCAAUUUCUGGUGACAGUACCCUCGACCGGAAAUUGCUGGAGCAAUACGCAGAAACUUUCCUUGACGGCGGUAUCGGCCCAGAUAGCAGGGGCGCCAUCAUCGUCCGCGCUGGCGGGGAUGGUUGCCUCGUCUCCUCAAACUCUAUUCACGGGCGACACAAAUGGCUACCAGCCUUCUACGACAACCAAUUUACCAUCGUAGAUGCAACAGGCGCCGGCAACACCUUCCUCGGUGCCUUGGCCUUUGCCAUGUCAGCCUGUGGUAAAGACGUUGUUCAGGCUUCAGCUCUGGCGUCCGUCGCAGCCAGUUUCUCGCUUCAGCAGAUCGGCCUGCCCAGUCUCUCUUCAAGCAGGGACAGCGAAAGUCAGGAGCAAUGGAAUGGAGAUACGUUCAUCAGGAGGUGCGGCGUAUACGAGAAUCAGAUUCACAACUUCACAGAGCAAGCAAUGAAGCAGUCACCGAGGAUUGCACUCGAGCACCAAAUCGACCCAAUGAAGUCACGACGCAGUGGUAUGCGGGAAAUGAAGAUGCUGAAUUCUAGGCAGUCUAUCCCGCCCAUGGCCAUCAGGCGUGGUCACCCGACCCCAUAUUUGCACAGCAGGAACCGGAAACGAUCCAGCCGUCACAUAACCGGAACCUGCCAACCAACAUGA